UGCUGCAGAGGUCGGUGUCACAAGGAGACCUAAGAAGAAUCCAGUGAGCGGAGCGAUGGUCAUAUUAUAUCUCUACAUCUUCCAGUUCUGUUUGAUGCCGCAAUGUGUGACCCUCUGGAGAUCGGGGAUGGAAAGUCCAGCCUGCUCCCUCAAGCUUCCUGAUGUCAUUGAUGAAUUUGAUUAUUUUCAGGAUGGAGAUUUGAUCAUUGGAGGAGUGCUCACUCUGAGGUCAAAAAUCGAAUAUCUAGGACUGCCUGAAGAAAAGACAUACAGCUCAUCCGUUCGGUAUUACGUGAACCUCCUAGCUUUCCUCUACGCAAUUGAUAAUAUCAACCAGGAUCCAGACAUCUUACCCAAUAUCACUCUCGGCUUCCAUCUAUAUGACUCAUGGUUGGAACCCAAGAAGGGUGUACAGAGCGUUCUGCAGAUCUUAUCUGGACCAAAUGGGACAGUUCCUAAUUAUUCAUGUAAAGGACAAGGCAAGCUGGCCGGUGUUAUUGGAGAUCAAUAUUCAUCCACUACAAUCCCAAUCGCCCAAAUCCUCGGAUUGUACAAAUACACACAGGUCAGCUACGGAGCCACCGAUUACUCAUUAAGUGACAGACUCCUUUACCCACAUGUAUUCAGGACCGUUCAGAAUGAUCAUGUCUGUUAUUUUGGGAUUGCCAAACUAGUGAAACAUUUUGGCUGGAAUUGGGUUGGAAUACUUUUCUCAGAUGAUGAUACCGGAGAGACGGAGGCACAAAUUCUGAAGAGACAUUUGGCUUCCCAGGAGAUUUGUGUGGCUUUUGAAAAAAGAAUAACUGUAAAUUAUGCUGCAAUGGAUCAGUGGACGGACACACUUCAUAAAAUAAAUUGUAAAGUUCUAAUACUUUGUGGUUCCUUCACAAGCAAUGCUCAAACAUACAUUAUUGAAUACUCUCAGAUCAACAAAAACUUUAUACUUAUCCUCCCCCCAGCCUGGACUUCAGAGAAAAUCAAGUCAAUAACUUUUUACCUAAGUUUUAUAACAUCUUUGCAUUUCAAGUUUUUUGAUCUACAAAUUCUUAGAAAUACAAGUCUAUUUGAUGACGAUUUAUUGUCAAAACGUCCACAAGUUCAGCUUUUGUUGGAUGAUCUGAUCGUUACAUCAUACAAUAUAACAUCAACUCAAAAUGGAAAGAAUAUUUAUUUCCAAAAUUUUACCACUUCUAGUCAAACGCUAAUAAGAUUCACUCUUUCAAUGUCUGGCAGACAAACGCUUUACGGAGAAUCUUUACAAGUGUAUUUUGCGGUAGAAGCGAUGGCUGAAGCUAUACAUUAUUUCACCAAGAUCAAUCGUAGUUUUAAUAUUAACAGAUUUAAGCAGUUGCAUAAAUAUAUGAAACAAAUAAAACAUCCAUUCAAGAUCGCAGACAGAAUGACCUUCUUUGAUGACAACGGUGAAUUCCCUUUCCAAUACACAAUAGCUAAUAGGAUGGUUUCUUUGGCUUCCACACCACCAAAAAGCUAUAUUGAUGUUGGUUUGUACACACCAUGGGCUAAAGAGGAAGAUCAAAUUCAUAUUGACCCCAACAAAAUAAUAUGGAACCAAGGCAAUAAUAAGAAGCUGGAAUCUCGGUGUGCAGACACUUGUUUGCCGGGAUCCAGAAAAAAGCAAGGAUCGUCUAUCCACUCUUGCUGCUAUGGCUGUGUCCCAUGUUCAGAAGGACAGAUAUCUAAUACGACAGACAGCGAAAACUGCAUGAAAUGUCCUGAUGAAGCAUUCCCAAAUGAGAUGAAGGAUCGGUGUGUUCCAAAAUUGGUGGAAUUUCUCUCCUACACUGAUGAUCCCAUUGUUGGAGUAUUUUCAGCUGUCUCCAUCCUCUGUUGUCUUCUGACUGGUUUAAUAUUGGGGAUAUUUAUACAUCACCAGGACACUCCCAUUGUUAAAGCCAAUAACCGGGACCUGAGCUAUCUUCUCCUGGUCUCCAUCAUGCUGAGCUUCCUCUGUGUCUUCUUGUUCCUCGGCCAUCCAGUAGAUGUGACCUGCAUGCUGCGUGUCACCUCUUUUGGUGUCAUCUUCUCAGUUGCCGUCUCUUCUCUACUUGCCAAGAGUAUCAUGGUGUGUAUUGCUUUUAAAGCCACCAAACCUGGGAGUCAUUGGAGGAAAUGGAUGGGAGCCAAACUUCCAAAUUCUAUCAUUUGUGUCUUCUCACUGGUCCAAGUCAUAAUCUGUGUCACUUGGUUGUCUAUUUCUCCCCCCUUCCAGGAUCGGGACAUUCACUCUUAUCAGGGGAAGAUCAUCAUUCAGUGUAAUGAGGGUUCAGUUAUCGGCUUCUACUCUGUCCUGGGAUAUCUGGGGCUUCUGGCAGCUGUGAGUUUCAUUAUUGCUUUUUUAGCCAGGACAUUACCGGACAGUUUUAAUGAGGCCAAGUACAUCACCUUCAGCAUGCUGGUGUUCUGCAGUGUCUGGAUUGCCAUGAUCCCGGCCUAUCUGAGCACCAGAGGGAAAUACAUGGUGGCUGUGGAGGUUUUUGCUAUAAUGGCAUCAAGUUCUGGACUUCUUGGCUGUAUAUUUUUUCCCAAAGGUUACAUAAUUCUGUUCAGACCGGACCUAAACACAAAAACAUAUAUCCACUAAUAUGUAUGGAGCAACACUGGGUUACCAGUAGUUAUAGCAUUAUCUCUAUUAUUGGCAAUUUUAGUAUUUUGCUAGUGUAUUGAGAAUGUUACAUUUUAACAUUUAAUACGUACCUCUCUGAUGGAUGAUGAGUUUAACUUUUUCUCUGGAUACCAUUGGUAUCAGACAAUUUUGAUUUAUUGGAAACCUUGUCCCCUGCUGGGUGUAGUGGUUCCUCCCACCAGCCGUUACAUCACUACCGAACAAUGUAGCCACUUAGUGAGGAGGAACCACAGUGACCAGAGGAGGACAAAGUAUCCAAAACAUCUUAAAGUGUCCGAUACCAGAGACACCCAUCACUCUUCCAGAGAGGGAAGAUUUCACUCACCAUCUUCCCGGAAGAUAAAUAUUAAACAUGUUCUUUUUAUAAACUAUGUGUAAUGUAUUUGUAGUGUCAAAUAUAUUGUAUAUAGAUGUAUCCGGCUAUAUUAAUAAAUACAUAUUGAUGGUGUAUUUUAAAAUCGUUUUUUAAUAUUAGUUAAUG